GAAGAAUCCUGACGGGGCGAGCCAUGGCGCCACUUGCUUCGGCGAAUGGGACUGUUUGACUUCUUCGCUUCGCCCCCGCCUCGCCCUUCACCCUCCUCUGUUCUUGUCACAGCCUCCUCCUCCGUCUCUGUCUGUUGGCUGGGUAAGUUUUGGGAGUGAGGAGGACGUGGUCAUGGAAGAAGAGCCCCCCUCUUUUGUAGUGGACUGUCGGUAAAUUGGACCUGGAGCCUGCCGGCUCAUCGCGUUUGCUUAGAUUGUGGGCGGGUGCUGUUGAAAUUCCUUGAACUUGCUACUGGUCGGAAACGCUCGAAUUGCGACUUUGAUUGAAGGUCUGGUUGUUGCUGCGGUCGGGAUCUUACUCAGUCUCUUCAAUAGGACCUCUGAAGCAGUAUGGAGACUAGCAGUGGAACUCCAGAAUUGAAAGUUAUAAGUACUCCGACCUACGGAGGUCAUUACGUGAAAUAUGUUGUGGCGGGAACUGAUUUCGAAGUCACCGCGAGGUACAAGCCACCACUUCGUCCGAUUGGGCGCGGAGCUUAUGGAAUCGUCUGUUCACUCUUUGAUACCGUUACGGGUGAGGAGGUGGCGGUCAAAAAGAUUGGAAACGCCUUCGACAACAGGAUCGAUGCGAAGCGAACACUGCGUGAAAUAAAACUCCUCCGGCAUAUGGAUCAUGAAAACGUCGUUGCCAUUACAGACAUCAUUCGUCCCCCAACUAGGGAGAAUUUCAACGACGUGUACAUUGUAUACGAGUUGAUGGAUACGGACCUACACCAGAUCAUUCGUUCAAAUCAAGCUCUCACAGAAGACCACUGUCAGUAUUUUCUGUAUCAAAUCUUGCGGGGCUUGAAGUACAUCCAUUCGGCGAACGUCUUGCACCGGGACUUGAAGCCCACCAACCUUCUCGUCAAUGCCAAUUGCGAUUUGAAAAUCGCAGAUUUUGGCUUGGCACGCACUCUCUCUGAAACGGAUUUCAUGACUGAGUAUGUUGUAACGAGGUGGUACAGAGCUCCAGAGCUGCUCCUGAAUUGUUCAGCAUACACUGCAGCUAUUGACAUUUGGUCUGUGGGGUGCAUCUUCAUGGAGUUGCUUAACCGAUCUGCGUUGUUCCCUGGGAGAGACUAUGUGCAUCAGCUCCGCCUAAUUACAGAACUCAUCGGAACUCCUGAAGAUAGGGAUCUUGGGUUUUUGAGAAGCGACAAUGCUAGGCGGUAUAUCAAGCACCUGCCUCGACAGUCGCCUAUUCCCUUAACCCAGAAGUUCAGAGGCAUUAAUCGUUCUGCUCUUGAUCUUGUUGAAAAGAUGCUGGUCUUUGAUCCAGCGAAAAGAAUCACAGUGGAAGCUGCCUUGGCGCACCCUUAUUUAGCUUCACUUCAUGACAUCAACGAUGAGCCUGCCUCGGUAUCUCCCUUCGAGUUUGACUUCGAGGAGCCCUCUAUCUCGGAGGAGCAUAUCAAGGAUCUCAUUUGGAGGGAGGCUCUGGAUUGCAGCUUAGGUCCUGAUGAUAUGGUGCAGUAACUUCACACUUCAUCUCAAGUUGUAAGGCCUACUCUCAAUUCUUUAGGUGGCUACAACGCUAUCCCGGCGUUGUAUGGUUUUGCAACUUAUUCCCCCCCGUGUGAUUACACUAUUGGAUUAUAGAAUGACAAUUCGUUAGUUCUUUUCCCUGGCGCUAUAUCUUUGUCUGCACAUUUCAUCCAGCAGACAUUGUUGCUCGGCAUUUUCUAUUCAUAUACUGACGUAACGAUCUUGUUUAUCUUUUUGCUGAUUAUGUAUAGAAUCAGCUCCUAUUAAAGAGACAAACCAGGGUGUAAUCUCUAUUUUUCUUGGAGUAGGUGAUGGAACAGCUUCUGAAGCUUCCAAACAGCUGUUGACCUUCAUGUUAGAGUGUGCUGUUACUGUAAGAAUCGUGAGCUCAAUAAUGAACAGUAGCAUUGUGAAUUUGCAUCCUGUGGUCACAUUUUUCUGAGUUUGUAGGAUUAUUGUACCUCUCUUAGUUGGGCCGUGAACUUAUGCAUGAAAUAUAGCAUUUUGAUCCUCAGAGGCCACAUUCCGUUUUAAA